GCUCGAUAAAUGCAUUGUUUGUAGCCGAAAGGCGUUGCAUGGAAUUUGAACAAAUUAACUCAUGUAAAUACAAAUCUAAUCAAGAACGGGGAUGUAAGCUAUGGCCGAAUAAUUUAAUUAAUCUCCCUAAUGUCAGCGAUUCUAUGGUACCCUUUUUUAAUGUUUUUUGUAUUUUUAAUUACUCGAUAUUAUAUUAUAAUCACCAAUAA